CUUGGCGUGGAGUUGCUGGUGGAAAAAGACCCAGAAAUAGUGUUCAUCUUCCCAAUGAAAUUUUCUGACAUUUCAUCCAGUGAAGAUUUCCUGGCCGAGUUUGCGCACUCCCGCUGAUGCUUCCUCUCUCUUGAGACGGGAUUCACUUGGCCGAACAGCCGGAACACGUGACGGGGAUCCAGAAGAGUCCAGGAAGAAGAGAGAGUGCCAGUGUCUGUGCAGAGGAGGACUUCUCGCGCGUGUGUGUGUGCAUUGAUGAAUAGUGGCAGGAGGAACUUAUAUGCCGAAGUGAAGUGAUUGACUCGCAGGAAGCACAACUGCCCAUGAUCAUUUGACAACAACGGCUGGUCAGUGCAAUAUCCGCUUCGCCCUCGGAUUAAGGAAGGAAGUUGAGGGUGUUUCCACUCGGUGGUUGCGUGUUGUGAGACCAGGAAGUGUGACAAAGUGAGAGAUAAUAUGGAGUGCUGCUUAUCGGAGGAAGCCAAGGAGCAGAAACGCAUUAAUCAGGAGAUUGAAAGGCAAUUGCGGCGUGACAAGCGAGAUGCCAGACGUGAACUCAAACUACUGCUCUUGGGGACUGGCGAGUCAGGGAAGUCGACAUUUAUUAAGCAGAUGAGAAUUAUCCAUGGAAGCGGUUACUCAGAUGAGGAUAAACGUGGCUUCAUCAAACUUGUAUACCAGAAUAUAUUCAUGGCAAUGCAAUCAAUGAUAAGAGCCAUGGAUCUCCUGAAGAUUCAAUAUAGUGUGCCACAUAAUAUGGACAAUGCGGAAUUGAUCAGGAGUGUGGACUUUGAGACGGUCACAACCUUCGAGCCGCCAUACGUUCAGGCUAUUAAGGACUUGUGGUCAGAUUCUGGCAUUCAAGAAUGUUACGACCGAAGGCGAGAGUAUCAAUUGACCGAUUCCGCCAAAUACUACUUAAUGGAAAUUGAUCGUGUGGCUGCACCAAAUUAUCUACCAACUGAACAAGAUAUUCUACGGGUUCGAGUUCCAACGACUGGGAUUAUUGAGUAUCCGUUUGAUUUAGAGGAGAUCAGGUUUAGGAUGGUAGACGUUGGUGGACAGCGAUCAGAAAGAAGAAAGUGGAUUCACUGUUUCGAGAAUGUCACUUCAAUCAUCUUUUUAGUGGCACUCUCUGAAUAUGAUCAAAUUCUUUUUGAAUCGGAAAAUGAGAAUCGUAUGGAGGAAUCGAAAGCUUUAUUCAAAACAAUUAUAACUUAUCCGUGGUUCCAGCAUUCGUCGGUGAUUCUGUUCUUGAAUAAGAAGGAUUUACUAGAGGAGAAAAUUAUGUAUUCGCAUCUGGUCGACUAUUUUCCAGAAUAUGAUGGACCCCAGAGAGAUGCAAUAGCUGCCAGAGAAUUCAUUUUGCGUAUGUUUGUAGAUCUUAAUCCGGAUUCGGAGAAAAUAAUUUAUUCGCAUUUUACUUGCGCUACAGAUACUGAAAAUAUAAGAUUUGUAUUUGCUGCUGUAAAGGAUACGAUUUUGCAGUCCAAUCUCAAGGAAUACAAUUUGGUGUAGAUGGUUAAAGUGAAACGCCAUAUUCGGACAUCGAAUUGUGAUGCGUGUUUCUGUGGAGUUCAUAAAGAUAAGAUGAUGAUGAUGAUGAUGAUAAUGAUGAUGGAGAGAAAACGCGGAUUAUUUUUUAUUUAAGUGAGAGGAAGUUAAAACAAAAUUAUAAAUAAAAAUGUUGGGCACAGCAAAAUGAGUAGAAGAAGGGAAGGAAAAUGAGUGAAUCAGAACAGAAAUCAAGUAGCGCCCAAUAUUGUAUAAAAAAAAAGAAUAUGAUAAGAACAUAAAUUACUUACCAAUAGGUGAAAAAGAAGAAGAAGAAGAAGAAGAAGUAAUGGAACAUUUAUAGAACUAAAAAAAAAAGUGGAAAAUCUGUAGCGAAAAAUUGAGUGAAGAUUUAGUGAAAGGUCGAUAAAUGAUGAAGCAAAAGCACAAAACCAAUAUCUAUUUGUAAAAUGAAUUAACCAAGCAUAUUUUUUCAAUAUUUACCCUUUUUAUUAAGUCAAAGAGGGAAAGCGAGAAGAGUUGUAAUAAGAAGAAUACCUAACUUUUUAUCACAAAUAUUAUUUUUGAAUACAAAAAAAAUGCAAAAACCAUAAAAUACAAUCAAUCAUUGAAGAUACAGAGAUAAAUGUUAUAAAUAUGCAGAGAAAGAGUUAUGUAAUAGACUGUAGAUAUUUUGUUUAUUCUUUAUUUAUUCUUGUUUUUUUUUCAUAAUUUUGUUAUUUUACUAAUAAUAUUUUCUCUGAGAAUGAAAAGAAAAAAGAAAACUAAUGUGCCACUUUUACACACAGAAGAAGAAACUCACACGACAACGCGUGCGUGAGCACGACAAAAGGAGAUGAGAGAUGUAAAAGAGAUCAAAGAAAAAUAUAAAAAUGAAGAAGCAGGAAAAUGAGAAUUCAUAGAAAUUAUUUAUUCCUCUUCAUAUAAACAUUAAAGAAAAAAUCAUCAAUGUGUCUAAGAAUAUUAUGUAAUUAUAUCAAAAUAAUACUUAUUUUAAUGUAAAUUGUCCCUCAUGCGGAUUAUUUUUGUUUAUUAUUUGUUUAAAUGUUGUUCAUCUCCUUUCAUAACACCCAAAAUAUUCAAUGAAGAACUUUUGUGUAAUGUGAAUAAUUUCUUGUUUAGUUACUUUAUGUGUAAUAAAUAUGCAUAAUUUGGAUUAAAAAUUCCUGACAGAAUUUCGCGCAAAAUGAUAUAAAUAAUAAUAAUCAAAUAAAAGGGAGGCAGAAGGUUUUUUUUUCUAUAAGAAAAUAUGCAGAAAAUUGCUUUUUUCUUUCGAAAUAAGAAGUUCUUUCACAAUUUUGCAAUUUAUUUGCAAAGAAUCACAAUUAUUGCUAACAUUUCUGAGAAAAAAAAGAGAAAUCAUCUGUGUCAUAAACUAAUAAAAAAAAUACAUUGCAAACAUUAUAAAUAGCUCUAGUGGGAAAUACAAUUGAAGAUAAAUAUAAUAGAUAUAUUUUCAAUUAAUCCUUGAAAGUAAAAGAAAAAAAACGGAUAAUUAAAAGCGCACAAAGACCCAAAACUAAAAGUAUCCACAAUUCAAGUGAAGAGACGGUGAAAAUUACGAGAGAAAGGAACCAAAUUUUUGCAAAUUUAUUGUAGUGUUACAGAGAAAGUCGAGCAGGAAGUGAAAGAAAGCAAGUUUAUAUACACUGAAGAGCUUCAGUUGCGUUCUGUCGUGAAAUUUUUUUAACUGAAUUAACCUGAAACUCGCCCUUAUAAAUUUUUAAAUAUUUGGCUUUAGUGCGAUAUCAUUAUUCACUGCCAAGAAUUCCUUAAUAAAAAGUCCCUUUUUUGCCAAUUUUCAAGUACUUAUUUGCGUAAUUCUGCUAAUCAGUGUAUUUAACAAAUCAUUCAGACUCUCAGUGAAGAAAAAGAAAAUCCUUUUCAAGUUAGCUUUGAAAGUUAAAAAAAAAAUACAUUGAAAAAUGUGUCUACUGAAAAAGUUAUUUUCGUGGAGAAAAAUAUAAUUUCUCAGAAUUGUUGCACAUGAAAAUCAGUAAAAAAUUAAACGCUCAUACGAUAAAUAUUACAAGAACAGAUCAAUCAGUCCGAUUUAUAUUGCUAGAAAUGGAAAAUCAACUUUCUUGUAUAAAGAGUUUUACACAAAAAGAUGAUGAAUACCAAUUGACGAAAGGAAUAUUAAUGCAUAUUGUUAAUUAAUGUGAUUUCUAGAAUAUUUGCAUAGAUAAAUUUUAAGUUAUUAUCUGAAAGAAAAA